AUGCAGAUUGUCCUACAUGAGCCAGACGAGGAGCCCCUCCCACUGUCCAGCGGGUUUUUAGUACCCGGCAAUACGACAUUAGAGGUGGAGAUCUCAAAAAGUCUGAAACACGGGUUGCCUCCCCCUUACAAAGCUUUUGGCGGGAGCACGUGUGUUGACACGGGGGGCGGGUCCUUCAAGAACCCACUGACCAGGUUCAACAGGUACACCAAGGAGGCUUGCGAGACGGAAUGUUUCAUGAGCUUCGUGGUGGAGGUGUGCGGUGGAUGUCGUCACUUCUUACAUCCAGGUAACGAGAGCAUCUGUGAGAUGGAGCACCUGACGGACUGCUACGAAAUAGCCCAGAGGCAGUACUACGGUGGUGCCGACAAGAAGAAGUGCCCCUGCCCUCUGCCCUGUGUACAGGCACACUAUAAGAGCUCGGUGACAACCUCGUCAUUUCGACAGACUCAACAUUUCAUCGAAUUAAAACAAAAACAUAACGUGAAGGUUGACCAAAACUUGGCCUACAUCCACAUUUUCUUCGCGGAUCCUGUCGUGACGACCAUGAGACAAGUCGCCAUUUACUCCGCGGAGGGAUUGCUGGGGAGCAUCGGUGGCCAGAUUGGCCUGUUCAUGGGUUUCAGUCUAGUGACGGUGGCCGAGAUGUUGGAGCUCAUCUUUCUCCUGGCCACCCGCGGCCGGAAGUUGGACGAGCACGUCAAGCGGCACAGGGAGACGGAGGCCGCGGUACAGGCGGCCAUCCAGGCCAACGCCUGAG